AUGCAUAACAAGGAUUACAAGGAUUACAAGGAUUACAAGGAUAACAAGGGUUACAAGGGUUACAAGGAUUACAAGGAUUACAAGGAUAACAAGGGUUACAAGGGUUACAAGGGUUACAAGGGUUACAAGGAUAACAAGGAUUACAAGGAUAACAAGGGUUACAAGGAUUACAAGGAUUGCAUUGAUUACAAGGAUUACAAGGAUUACAAGGGUUACAAGGAUUACAAGGAUAAUAACAAGGGUUACAAGGGUUACAAGAAUUACAAUGAUAACAAGGGUUACAAGGAUUACAAGGAUUACAAGGAUAACAAGGGUUACAAGGGUUACAAGGAUUACAAGGAUUACAAGGAUAACAAGGGUUACAAGGGUUACAAGGAUAACAAGGAUUAA